AUGGCCGCAAACGACGCCUCUGCCUGUGAAGGCCCAGUUUGGUGGACAAUCUCGGCCAACAAGGAUAACAUGACAGCGCUACAGACGAUCGAUGCGCCGCCAUGGGUCUCGGCCCCUCAGUUCCGCGGCACCAUGGCUAUCCUCCAGAGCUGCAUCCUGACGCUGGUGGCCUGCAUCUAUACGGCCAUCCACCUCAACGUUCCAGUAAAGGUCGACUGGUUGAGUCUGCUGGUGGCCAAGGCCUGGUGGAUUCUCAUCGCUCUCUUCGCGCCCGAGAUAGUAUUGUUCAGCGCUGCGAGCCAGUUCCGCGACGCCUGGAAGCUCCGCAACGCCCUCCGCGCGCUCCAUGACGAAAGCAAAACAGCGGAUAAGGAGUUCAAAUUUACCCUCUCUUACGCCUUCUUCGUGGUCAUGGGUGGAGUCCACAUCGAACGGUCAAGAAUAGCCCGAUUCCUCUCCCGGCAAGGGAUCGACAAAGGCUUCACUUUGGACGGGACGGCGGGUGAUGUCAGGGAUGAACUGCUCUUUUCAGAAGAUUCUCGCGCCACCCUUCCACUGAAGCCGCAGGGGGUACUCGAUCUUUGUAGGUUUGGCUGUUGGGUUUACGUAUCAAAGUCGAAGAUAGACGCUCGAAGCAAGGCCAACCAGAUCCAAAAGGCCCUUGUCUUGUUGCAAGUGUCUUGGAUGGUGCUCCAGUGCAUCGCCAGACGGGCAUAUGGUCUUCCCCUGGCACUGCUGGAGGUUCACAUCAUGGUUCACGUCGUUUGCGCCGUCCUCCUUUACCUUUUCUGGUUCGAGAAACCGCUGGAUGUCCGCGCUCCUGAAAUCGUUUAUGAUCCGUCCUGGGACUCGGCGCUCGCCUUGGUGGUCCAAAAGACCAUGUACGACGAUCAACUGAGGAGACUGAGGAGAUACCAUAUCCCGGAAGGUGUGCAGCUGGUUAUACCCACACACAUAUACCCCGGUCCGAACGGUGCCGCGCGUGCUAUAAGAGACCGGGCCCGCGCUUUGGGUCAGCAGCUUAACAGCCCUAUUAUGACGCUGGCGGUUUCAGCAAAGGACGAGGAACUCUCCCCCGAAGCACUGAAUCGGUUUCGGGCCAUCAACGACCUGUUCGAGUCCGUUCAUGGCAAGUCCACCAAUGAUGACGACGUUGACUUGUGCCAAUGGAUCUUCGGCAUCCCCUUGAAUGAUAUACACAACAAGGAACAUGGCUUCACGAGACAGGCCAAAAACCUCAGUUUUGCCUUUUUUAAAUUCUCUGUCGAUCUACAGGAGCUCUUCCAAGUCACGCAGUGGGCCCCUGGCUUGCUGGUCCUCGCCUUGGCCAUGCCGUUAGCAUACGGCGGCAUCCACCUGUCCGUCUGGAACUUUGAGUUUCCGAGCGGCACCGAAAGGCUCCUCUGGAGGAUUGCUAGCAUUGGGAUUGCUGCCACCUCACUUGUCUUAUUUGCUGUUGGACUGGGUAUGAAGAUCUUACUCGAGCUUGUUAAGGCUCUGGUAGAAAUUGUUAGUGGUCGACGACAAUCGCGGAGGCAGUGGAGGGAGGUGGGUGAAAGCAUCUAUCCAUGCAUGGGGGCCUUGGCUGUUCUCUUCUACGCGCUAGCGAGGGUUUACAUUGUAGUAGAGUCGUUUGUUAGCCUCCGUCAUGUGCCUAUUGGCGUAUACUUAACGCCGUCAUGGCUUCAGAUGAUGCCACAUGUCUGA